AUGGCUGGGGGUACCUCCGCUUCCAAGAGUACUAGAAGGGUGCCCAGACACUCACUCAAUGGUCACUUCGUCAGACCCAGGGAAAUAUUUACACCGACCAAGAGGGGAAUACACUUAAUUGCCGCUGUUGGAUGGAAUGCUGUUGGAUGGAAUGUUGGAUCGAGUCUGCUGAAGAUCCCGCUGGCUGGGACAACUGGCGCCCAGUGUGAGCCUCAACGACAUGGAGGAGUGGUGAAUGUCGUCACACACACCAGGGCAGGCCUGCCUAAGAGUUGGACUACUGUGGAAGAGGGCUCCAUGAGCAAAGAUUGUGAGCCAGUAACCUUUGAGGAUGUGGCUGUGAACUUCACGUUAGGAGAAUGGGCUUUGUUGGAUUCUUAUCAAAAGGAGCUCUACAAAGAUGUGAUGAAGGAAACCUUUAGCAACCUGAUCUCCAUAGGGAAAGCCGAGGAAGAACAUAUUGGAGAGGAUUACCAAAACAUUAGGAGAAAUCUGAGCACUCAUAUGGUUCAAGGAUUCUAUGAAUUUGAAUGUGGUAUUCAGUAUGGAGAAACCCACCAACAGAUUCAAGAGCAUAUUGUUAAUGAGUGCACGCCUCCUGGAAUAAUAGUAUGUGAAAACAAUGUGUGUGAAAAUGAUGUCAUUGGUCUUUCACAGUCAGAUGUGCACCUCAGAGGUCCAACUGUAGAGAAACCAUAUGCAUAUCAGGAACAUGUAGAAAAGCUUUUGAAACAUAAGAAAUGUUGGAAAGAUUUUACACAUUCUGAGUCCUUUCUUACCUAUGAGAAUCCUUCCAGACAGAAACCCUAUGAAAAUAAGCUAUCUAAUGAGCACUGUAGGAGUCUCACUUCUGAUCAAGAUUAUGAGACAAGUCAUAGUCUCCGUGAAUAUAAGCAGCAGUUGGAAACAGCUCUCAUGACAUGUAGUUAUGUUCAGUCAUAUGAAAAACUCCAAACUGGAGAAAAACCAUUUGUAUGUAAGCAGUGUGGAGAAGCCUUCAUUAAUUCCAGUCACCUUAUCAAACAUCAUAAAAUUCAUACUAGAGAGAAAACUUUUGCAUGUAAAUAUUGUGGAAAAGCUUUCAUCCAUCCAAGGGCCUGCUAUAAUCAUGAACGAACUCACACUGGAGACAGACCUUAUGUGUGUAAACAAUGUGGGAAAGCAUGUAUUCAUUCUUACCACCUUCUCCAACAUGAAAGAAGUCACAGCCGAGAAAAACUUUAUGCAUGUAAGCAGUGUGGGAAAGUAUUUGGACGUUCUUCAUACCUUCGUAAACAUGAAAGAAUUCACACUGGCGAGAAACCCUAUUUAUGUAAGCAUUGUGGAAAAGCCUUCAGUGAUCCCACAACCCGUAACAAUCAUGAAAGAACUCACACUGGAGAGAAACACUACAUUUGUAAACAGUGUGGAAAAGCCUUCAUUCGUUCCUCUCAGCUUCUGAUCCAUGAAAGAAUUCACACUGGAGAGAAACCUUACUCAUGUAAACAUUGUGGGAAAGCUUUCACCUAUCCAGUGCCUGUUACAUUCAUGAAAGAAUUCACACUGGAGAGAAACCUUAUGUUUGUAAGCAGUGUGGGAAAGCAUUUACAUGUUCCACAUACCUUCACAAACAUGAAAGAAUUCAUACUGGAGAGAAACCUUAUUCAUGUAAGCAAUGUGGGAAAGCCUUUAUCCAACAUAGGGCUUGUUACAAUCAUGAAAGAAUCCACACUGGAGAGAAACCAUAUGUAUGUGUGCAAUGUGGGCAUGCAUUCACUUUUUCAAAAUCCCUUCAAAUACAUGAAAGAAACCAUACUGGAGAGAAACCAUAUGUAUGUAAGCAAUGUGGGAAAGCAUUCACAUGUUCUACAUAUCUUCACCAACAUGAAAGAACUCACAAUGAAAAGAAAUCCAGUGGAUAGAACUUAUACGAAUGUAAAUCAUAUGAGAGUCUUUGUAGCCAGCUUGCUGUUAUAGCAAGGAAUGAAAGAAGUAUGGAGAGAAACCAAGAGAAUAUGAAAUCAGCAGUUGUGUAAUUUUUACUUACAUAUGCAAGUGUACACAGGAUAAAACCUGUUGUUGUACUAGGCUUGGUGCAUGCCUUUUAUUCCCACAAAAGAAAAUUUUACGUUUCAAGUAAGUCAUUACUUUCUUAUGUAGUUGAUUAUUGUAUAAGCAAGAAAUGUGAAGAGCUGGAACAAUUUUUUGUAGAAUAUUACUGAAAACCUGAAAUACACUAAAAAUUUUAAUAAAUAUUUUAAUUUUUGUUCCAUU